AAAAAGUUUCCCACGCGAGGAACAGAUAAGUUAGCUGUGAUACCGCUUCUUCCUCGCUUGCACGCGAACGCAUCCUUUCCCCCUGUAGAAUGAGCGUGGCCAGUCAGCUCCGGGUCUGCUCUAGGUUUUCGCUCCAAAGGAGUUUUUGUACAUCGCAGUGUGCGACAAUGGCGUCCCGACACGGCAACACCAAGAGGAUCCAAGGACUGGACAAGAAUGUGUGGGUGGCGUUUACGUCGCUGGCGGCGGACCCUUCCGUAGUCAACCUGGGUCAAGGCUUCCCGGAUAUAGCGCUGCCGCCCUACAUCAAGGAUUCCCUGGUGCGGGCGGUGUCAGUGGACAAAAUGAACCAGUACACACGAGGAUUCGGACACCCGACACUGGUGAAGGCGCUCUCUCAGGUUUACGGCAAAGCGUGCGGGCGCGCCAUCGACCCGCUCAAGGAAAUCCUGGUGACGGUGGGCGGCUACGGGUCCUUGUUCAGCACCGUGCAGGCCCUGGUGGAGGACGGUGACGAGGUCAUCAUCAUAGAACCCUUUUUCGACUGCUACGUGCCCAUGGUGCGCAUGGCGGGGGCCAAACCUGUGCUGAUACCGCUGCGAACUAAACCCGGCCAGAGGAGCACCUCCAGCGCCGACUGGUUCCUGGACCCCGAGGAGCUUGCCGGCAAAUUCAACUCCAAGACCAAAGCCAUCCUCAUCAACACGCCCCACAACCCCAUCGGGAAGGUUUUCACCAGGGAGGAGCUGCAGAUGGUCGCCGACUUAUGCGUCAAGCACGACACGCUGUGCUUCAGCGACGAGGUUUACGAGUGGAUGGUCUACCGCGGACAGCGGCACCACAAAAUCGCGACUCUGCCCGGAAUGUGGGAUCGAACCAUCACCAUCGGCAGUGCGGGGAAAACUUUCAGCGUCACCGGAUGGAAGCUCGGUUGGUCCAUCGGACCUGAGCACCUGAUCCGCCACCUUCAGACCGUCAUGCAGAACACGCUGUACACCUGCCCGACACCACUACAGGAGGCCGUGGCGCAAAGUUUACUCCUGAACUACGAGCUGAUGGGUCAGCCCGAGUGCUACUUCACGUCGCUGGCCGAGGAGCUGGAGGGGAAGCGGGACCGCCUGGCCGCCAUCUUGCGGGAGGCCGGGCUGUCGCCCGUCGUCCCCGAGGGAGGCUACUUCAUGCUGGCUGACGUCGCGGCGCUAAACCAGAACCUCUCACACAUGGGCAGCGACGAAGCUUACGACUACAAGUUUGUCAAGUGGAUGAUUCAAGAAAAGAAACUGGCGGCCAUUCCUGUCACGGCGUUCGUCGGGGAGGAAUCCACCAAGGCUUUUGAGAAAUACAUCCGUCUUUGCUUCAUCAAGCGAAACGAAACUCUGGAUGCGGCCGAGCUCAUCCUCAAGAAGUGGAAGUCUUCAGGGAGCAGCGGCUAAAAAGUUUUUUUUUUUUUUGUUUUGUUUUUUUGAAACCACCGGAGUGCCUCAAGGUUUGAGUCUUGGUCCCGUCCCUUUUUCCCAUCCCCCACUGGGAGGAGCCUAAUAGUACCGAGUCCUUCUAUUUCCACAGCACGUUUUCAUGAGUUUGAGCGUAGCGGAACAUUCUGGAGUUACAGUAUUGCGAAUUGGUGAAACUGCGAUUAUACAGCUCAUAGUGUGAUAUUUCACGAUUUCAUUUCGAUGCUUUUAAUAACUGAGCCACUGAAAUAAAUGUACUGCACUCGUCCACGAUGUCAAAUGUACUGAGAUGCACUUUUCAUUUUUUCCAUAUUUCAGUAUGACUAUGUAGCACAUUUUAGAUCCUGUCCAGUCUGAAGUCUGUUGUGUCCCGGCAACAUUUCAAUAAAAUAUUUCAUGUA